AUGGGUAGGAGAAAAAUUAAGAUGGAGAAAGUGCAAGACACAAACACAAAGCAAGUAACUUUCUCGAAACGUCGAUUGGGUUUGUUCAAGAAGGCGAGCGAGCUCGCGACUCUGUGCAACGCCGAGGUCGGUAUCGUCGUCUUCUCCCCGGGAAACAAACCCUACUCCUUCGGGAAACCCAGUUUCGAUUUGAUUGCCGAACGUUUUAACGAAUCCGACGAUUCCGACGGCGGGGGCGAGAAACCGCCACGUACCAGAGGUAACGGAACCAGGCAAGAGAAUAAGAUUCGCAAACGUCUCAACUCGGUCAUCGAAGAAACCGAAGCCGUGAAGAAGAGAGGCGAGAAGUUUCAGAGUCAGCUCGAAUCUGCCGGAGAAGAGAGGUUUAACGUGCCGAUUGAAGAGCUUACCCUUGAGGAGCUCAAGGAAUUCGAAGCUGAGAUGAAGAAAGUGCAUGGUAGGAUCCAAGGUACCAUUUUUCGGAUGACAGCUUCGGCUUCUCUCCUGUUUCUCUCUACUGGUCGGAAAGAGGAUCAAAAGAGCUAG